GGUCGUGCUGAUUGGACUUUACCUGAAGAGCAUGUUCAACUCUGGGUUAUUCCAAAAAUAUGGCAGCAUGACAUCUGGGGAGCCGGAUGAACAACUGUUUUUGUUGAUUGUUUUAUCACAAUUAUUAUUGUAAAAGAAUUUUCACCAUAGUUCAUCACAAAUUGCUUGAGGUAUAAAAUCAAUCAGCAUUGUAUGAGGUUCCAAAAACACAGAAAUUUGCUUUCCAAAUGGGCAUUGCCCAAUAAAAAACCGAAAAUGUAUUAGUUUUUAAGAUGUUUGUAUCAGUCAUGAUAAAGGCUAAAUCAGAUCAGAUAUUUUUACACCUGACAAAUAUUAGCAUUUUUUAACAUUAAGCCUGAUUUUUGUGCAUUUCUUUUUUCUAUUCCCUUUUACCUUUCUUAAUUUUAUCUAUAGAAAUUGCCUUACCUUCAGGGGUCAUCGAGCCAAACAAGUUGGUCCAUACUCAUCCAAAAUGUACAUGCAGGCUAAGCUGUAGAAACAAUUUUCCUGAUGGUGGUGCUAUUCCAUUCCAUUUAGUGAUCACCUUGCAUAUCUCAAAACCUCAGUUUGAAAACAUUGUAGUUAACCUUGUUUUUAGGUCGUUCAAAGUUUUCAAUAGGUGUCUUUUUGAUAUAGAGUUUCAAUUCAUACCCUCAAUAUUUUGUUAAAUUAAGAAUAACGCUUUAAACUAUUGCCGGGGUACUAUGAUGCUAUACUAUAUAAAAACAUAAUAACCUGACGAUUUCUAUAUCACCAUACUAUAUGUUUGUGUGUUUGGUGGAACAUGUGCAAAAAUGGAGAGAUUAAAGAAUCACCAUCCUAUUGCUGCACACACUUAUUGCAACAUAGCUGGAAAAAGUGCGUGUGAGUGCUUGUAUAGUUUGUGUGUGUUCUGUACGGGAGUGUAAGCACAACCCACUUUAUGCCGUAAGGAUGUGGUUUACCGAGUGCAAGAAGUUUAUACAGGAAGCUGCACGGCUUUUGUUGGGUUAUCAUCCACUAGCUUUUUUUCUGUCACUGAGAGGUACUCAUUCUCUCUCCAUAAGCCAAGAGGCACCAGAGUAAUUCUUUGCGUUAUUCAGAACUGCCACCAUGUUCCCCAGGGUGAUUUUGAAGGGAACUUUGAUAAAAAAAUCUCAACAAAAGAAGAGAACAUCACCGUGCAACUACAAAGAGAGGUUUUUUGUAUUGGACACACAAGAUCUGAAAUAUUCUGAACGCCGCCCUGGAAGAAAGCCCAUGCAGAAAGGUUGCAUCGAGCUCUCCAGAAUCAAAUGUGUGGAGAUUGUGUGCAGCGAUCUUCCAAUACCAUGCGACUACAAGUACCCGUUUCAGGUUUUUCACAACAACUACUACCUGUACAUUUUCGCCCCAGACAAUGAUUGCCGUCUGAGAUGGGUCAGAGCUCUGAAAGAGGAGACAAAGUCUAACGAUUUGGCCACCAAAUACCACCCAAACUUCUGGACGGAUGGAAAAUGGAGAUGCUGUCAACAAACAGGGAAACUGGCCACAGGUUGUCAUUUGUAUGACCCAGUGGGUUAUGCUUCUAAAAAGCCACUUCCUCAACUCCCAGAUAAAGAGAUGGAACUGCACGAUACAGGUACAGUCAUCGCCCUGCAGGACUACACGCCCCCCGGAGGCGCUGACUUGCCCCUUCUGAAAGACCAGGAGUACACCCUGGUCAACAAAGGCCACUGCGACUGGUGGGCCGUGCGGGAUGACAGAGGAAACACGGGCUUUGUGCCCAGUACGUAUGUAGCCGAAAAAUCCGGCGCCAACUUCCAGAGAUUUCAAUGGUACAACAAAAACAUAACCAGGGGCAUGGCAGAGGAUUUGCUAAUGAAACAGGGAAAAGAAGGCGCCUUUAUGGUACGUGACUCAAGACAAGCGGGAGUCUACACAGUGUCCGUCUUCACCAAAGCACCGGGCUCUAACGGGGAGAAGAAUCCAAGAGUCAAACAUUACCAAAUUCGACAGACGGAAACUGCAGAGUCCAAGUUCUACCUAGCAGAGAAGUACCUGUUCAGCACCAUUCCUGAGCUCAUCCAUUACCAUCAACACAACGCUGCGGGCCUGAUAACUCGUUUGCGACACCCAGUAUCUCAAGACGGGGGCUGCUGCUCUAAGGACAUCGCCGGCCCCUCAACAGAUCAGUGGGAGCUGGACCCAGAGGAGCUGACCUUCGGUCGGGAGUUGGGCAGCGGCCAGUUUGGUCUCGUGCUGGAAGGGAGGUGGAGGGACAGCAAGGUGGCAGUGAAGACGAUACGAGAAGAGUGCAUGUCAGACGAGGAUUUUAAAGAAGAGGCGAGAAUCAUGAUGAGGCUGUCUCAUUGUAAGCUGGUCCAGCUCUACGCCGUCCACACCCAGCGCUCCCCCAUGUGUCUGGUGUUUGAGUUCAUGGACAACGGCUGUCUGUCGGACUACCUGCGAGCCAGGAAGGGGCACUUCUCUCAGGACACCAUGUUGAGUAUGUGCAUGGAUGUCAGUGAGGGGAUGGCGUACCUGGAGAACUGCAACUUCAUCCACAGAGAUCUGGCUGCCAGGAACUGCCUAGUUUCAAAGAACAAUGAGGUGAAGGUGUCCGACUUCGGCAUGACCAGAUUUGUGCUUGAUGAUCAGUACACAAGCUCCCAGUGCUCCAAGUUCCCCGUCAGGUGGUCGGCGCCAGAGGUCAUCAAGUUCUCCAAGUUCAGCAGCAAGUCCGACAUCUGGUCAUUUGGUGUGCUCAUGUGGGAGGUGUACAACGAGGGCCGACUUCCUUACGAGAACCACUCCAAUGUCGAAGUGGUGGAGUCCCUGAGCAAAGGCCUGAGGCUCCUGAAGCCACGCUUGGCCCCGGAAGCUAUCCACCGGCUCAUGGAGUGGUGCUGGAAGGAGAAACCAGAAGACCGUCCGUCCUUUGCUCUUCUCCUGCGUGAGCUGCCCUCCCUCUAAGACCUGUGGGGAUAAGAUUUGAAAAGGAUGAACGAAGCUAUUUAUUUUAUUUAUUGAUGUACUACCAAUGGCUUGUCUAAGCUUUUACUGUUUUUUAGUUCAGAUGAUUCCAAUCACAAUUUAGAAUUUGUCAAUUUAGCACUUUAUCUGUUUCUCUAUACAGUUUAUUCCUGAGAAGGCUCACACAGCUAUUUCUGCUUGCUGCACGUUUGGGUUUCAAGUAUACUAAGGUUGGCGAAUGUGUGAAACCAUUGACAAUUAAAUGUAUCCAUUGUCAUGAAAUGUUCCAAUUUAUUUUGGGAUGCAUCAUUUCAGCAGUGCAAUAAAGAAACUCUUUAAACUGCUGAACAA